AUGUGUUUAAUCGUUUUUCAUCUAGAGGUAUUUCAGAGGUCUGCGCCUUCAAUACCGACGAAAUACCAAACAGUGUUGAUACCAAAGCAGGAGAAGAAGGGCUUUUCAUCCCAGGCCAAGAGGUUUCCCUCGCCAGUCUCCACGAGUGACAGUCCAGGACCGGCCAGUUAUAGCUGUAUCUCCAGCACCGAACUCGACACGCCGUCCUUCUCAAAGAAAGGCACCACGGGGUUUGUUGUGGCGAAGGCCUCCAGGAAAGCAGGGAGCAUCGUUCCAGGUCCGAACGCCUACAACCUGCAGCGCUCCCUCCUGAAGAGCGGCGACUUCCACGUGGGGCCGUCCCGGGCCUUCAGGGCGCCGCAGGCCGUGCCGCCCGGCCGGCCCAGGGACCCGACGCCAGCGCCCAACCAGUACAGCGUCAGGAGGGUGAACAUAGAGAGUUUCUCCUCGGCGGCCGGGACUUCAUCUUUUCUCUCCAGGUCGAGUCGUCACACGUUCAGCCUGAACAGAGACGUUCCGUCACCAGGUCACUAUGACGUGAGACACAGCUUCACCCAGCACGGCUCCACUGCGGUGCUGUCGCCCUUCAGAUCCAGGACUCAGAGGAUCCCGCCUCCAGCGGACCACCGGGUGCCGGGACCCGGGGCGUACAGCCCCCACCGGGCCUGGGUGAAGAGGACCGUCCCGCCGAGGGGCUCCUUCCAGGCGCUGUGGGCCCCUCCCCUCCCCGUUCCAAAGGACCCCCCCUCCCCGGGACCCGGCCAGUACCACAUCGGAGUCUGGGAGCGUCCGUCCAAACCUCCGAAGCCCAACGCCGCCUUCGCAUCGCGGACAGAGAGAACGCUGGAGAACAAACAGGCCGAGGUGCUUCCAGGACCAGGUUUUUAUGAUCCUCAGCUUUGGUCGAAGCCGUCCUUCUUUUACAACGACUCCCGGAUCUGGGUUCCUGUUUGAAGCUCUUCUGAAGGUAUCUGGGGCCAUCACAGGUAGAUCAGUGUGUUCAGAGCACCAGUGCAGCCGUAUAAGUAGACUUCCAUUCAACGCGAAAGCCAAACGUUUGGGCUUUGGCUUCCGGACGGGGAUGA